GAUACUGAUGGAAUUUCUUCACUCCAAAUACAAUUGACAGCACUUCACGCUCAAUCUGUGCAUACUUGCUUUCGGCCUGGCUUAAGGGCCACGAUGCAAAUGCGAUUGGUCUCUCCUCUCCUGAUGGCAAUAUGUGGGACACCACUGCACCCACACCAUAAGCUGACCCACAGACGAGAGCGAGAGGCCUCUCCAGCUCACCGGGUCACUGAGCCACCGACACCCGCUGCCGCAGCCCCCAGGCUCCAGCUCUCCCCUCCUGACCUGCAACACCCACCCACUACCCCCCGCCCCCUUACACCUGCUCCAGGCCUCGCCCUGGAGACCAACUGCCCCCCCGGGGGGCCGGCGGAGGACGGAUGCUGUGGAAGUUGCCCCCCUCCACAGACGGCCCCGGUGCCUCAGAUGAUCAUGCCUACCAUCACCGGCGUGGAGUUGUGCCAAGAUGGAGAGGACGGAUGCCUGCCUACCGACAGUGGGAUGGAUCUGAUGGGAUCCCAGGAUAUGACCAUGGAGGAUAUUCCUCUGGACAAGAGAAUAGAAAAUAGGCUGCCCAUUCAAAUCUUCCCCGACCCCGUGGAGGUGGUCCUGGGCCCUGAGGGCACACUGACCUGCGUGGACCAUGAGAAGGAGCGCCUGCCGUCCAUCGUGGUGGAGCCCACGGACGUGUCCGAGGUGGAGAGUGGAGAGCUGCGUUGGCCCCCGGAGGACAUGGACUUUGAGGACGACGAGGACCUGUUCCUGGAGCAGUGCAUCCCCCCUGCCAACAUCGCCGACUGGGGCGAAGACGAGGAGGAGGAGACCGCCGCUCUAGUGGUCAACCACCACCAGCACACCUCGCUGUUAGAUCUCCAGACAGAUGAGUUCAGAGAUGAAACACCUACUUUACCUCCGGAGAGUGCCCCUGCUUUAAACUGAGGCUCCUCUUAACUGUCCCCACUCCAUCCUGAACCCCACAUCCAAAUGAGGAGGCAGAGGAGACACUCUGUGGACACUUUACUCUUCACACAUCCAUUCUCUUUGUAGGAUGAGCAUUCCUUCACUGAAUAGGGUAAAAAAAAUCUAAAACAAAAUAAUAGAAAAACGGUCACACUCCAAAAACAUUUGUUUUAUUUUUUAAUAUUUAUUUUAGUAGCGACAGAGGCUACAGGGGUCUACUUCUACAUCCACUGAACAGGGUGACAAUAUGUUACCCACCAGGUGUUCAAUGUUAAAAUGUCUCAUGAUAGCUUCAACAAAUGUACUGACCAGUCAACAUGUAUGAGAGAACAUCAUUACACACCAAAAGGGACUUUUAUGCUGCAUUUUUAAAUGGCUAUCAAUAUGUUUAAUCAUCAAGUUAAAGGGAUAUUCCACCAUUUGGGGAAACACACUUGUAUGCAUGUGGCUAUCAAUAUGUUUAAUCAUAAAGGGAUAUACCACCAUUUGGGGAAACACACUUGUAUGCACAGUAGCACUUUUAGCUCCAGCUCAUUGAAUCAGAUUAGACCGUUGGCAUCUCUCCUAUAAGCUAACGGCCUAAUCUGAUUCAAUGAGCUGGAGCUAAAAGUGUUACUGUCAGACUGGGGAAAGGUAAAACUCACUUGUUUAACUCAAGGGGAGGUGGAAAACGAGCGUAUUUCCCCAAAUGAUGGUAUAUCCCUUUAA